AUGCACCCCUUUUGUGCAGCUAGGCCCCUCUCUCCUCCAUGCCUUCUUUAUCUCUUCCCUCUCCCCCAAUCCAGUCCCUGUUUCCUCUUUUCCUCACCCCACCCCUCUCUUCCCAAACCCCUGUGUCCCCAUCAGCGCACAGCCAGCCUUCCGCCUGCCCCCCUCCCCUGCGUCGUUCCUCCUACCGCAUCUCUGCUGCUGGAGGGCCAAACUCUCUUCCUCUCCCCCUUUCUCCUCCCUCUCUUCUCCCUCUCUUCUCCCUCUCUCCUCCCUCUCUUCUCCCUCUCUUCUCCCUCUCUCCUCCCUCUCUUCUCCCUCUCUCCUCCCUCUCUUCUCCCUCUCUUCUCCCUCUCUUCUCCCUCUCUUCACACCCUACCCCCUUUACCCGAUUGCCCAAACACGCCCCCUCCCACCUCCCUCCACCCCAUCCCUUACUCUCCCCCUCUUUUCAACGCGGCCCUGCAGCUGGCUGCGCAAGGCCCUUCCUCCAACCCUCAUCCUCUGCGCUGCUUCUCCUAUCGCGAGCUACAGCAGGCGGCUGGGUACUGGGCAACGCGGUCUUCCUCCAACCCUCCUCCCCUGCGCCGCUUCUCCUAUCACGAGCUGCAGCAGGCGGCGGGCGGGGUACUUCAACGCGCCGACCCUGCAGCUGGGGAAGGCAAGGGCCUUACCCUCUCCCUCUCUUCUCCCUCCCGGCUGCAGCUGGGGAAGGCAAGGGCCUUACCCUCUCCCUCUCUUCUCCCUCCCGGCUGCAGCUGGGGAAGGCAAGGGCCUUACCCUCUCCCUCUCUUCUCCCUCCCGGCUGCAGCUGGGGAAGGCAAGGGCCUUACCCUCUCCCUCUCUUCUCCCUCCCGGCUGCAGCUGGGGAAGGCAAGGGCCUUACCCUCUCCCUCUCUUCUCCCUCCCGGCUGCAGCAGCGGGGCAAUGGCCUUCCUCCGGCCCGCCUCCUCUGCGGCGCUUCUCCUACCGCGAGCAACAGCAGGCAGCGGGGUACUCCAACGAGUCUUUGCAGCUGGGCGCUCUCACCUUUUUCCACACACAACCCAACCCUCCUUCCCCCCCCUUCUGUGUCACCCCUCAGCACACGGCCAGCCUUCCUCCGGCCCUCCUCCUCUGCGGCGCUUCUCCUACCGCGAGCUACAGCAGGCAGCGGGGUAUUUCAAUGCAUCCCUGCAGCUGGGCAAGGGCAGCUUCGGGACUAUUUUUCGCGGGCAGGUGGACGAGUGGUUGGGAGAGCUGCCACGUGGCAGCAAGAGAGAGGUAGCAGUGAAGGUGCUUCACACGGAAAGCGUCAAGGCGUUUGACGACUGCCUGGUGAGGGAGGGAGGGGACAGAAGGGGAGAGGAGGGGAGCAUGGGCUUGGGGCGAGGCGUGGGGGGGGGGGUUGAGGAUGAGCGAGAAUGGAGUGAUGGGCGUGGGGGAAUGGAAGAGGUGGUGGUGAAGGUGCUUCAUGCGGAGAGCGUGAAGGCGUUUGACGACUGCGUGAUCCUAGUGCUGGGCAAUCUGCGACACCCCAACCUGGUGCAGCUGUUGGGGUACUGCAUGGAGGACUGCAGUGCUGCGCUCCUCUCCCUCACACCCCCAUUUCUAUUCCUUUCCUCUCCAACACGCAUACCCAUUCCUCUCCCUCUCCCCCCACCACAGGCGGAGAUCCUAGUGCUGGGCGAUCUGAGACACCCCAACCUGGUGCAGCUGUUGGGGUACUGCAUGGAGGACAGCCGGGCGAUUCUGGUGUAUGAGCUGGUGGAGCGAGGCGACCUGCACCACUGGCUGCACCCCAACAGUGACCCGUGCCUGACAUGGGAGCAGCGCGUGCACGUGGCAGUGGGCAUGGCGGAGGGCAUGGCAUAUCUGCACGGGCAGAACAUCAUUCACCGCGACUUCAAGUCCCAUAAUGUCAUGCUGGACCAUGAAUUAAGGGCAAAGGUAACCGAUUUUGGCAUGGCUACACGGGGACCGGAGGAGGGGAAGACGCACGUUUCGACUCGCAUCAUGGGCACCCUGGGGUACCUCGACCCUGACUACAUCUACACAGGCCACCUCACCCUGCUGAGCGAUGUCUUCUCUCUGGGCGUGGUUCUCCUCGAGCUGCUCACCUGCUCCCGCUCCCCCUUUUUCUCACCCCCUCCUGUGCGUCACCGUCCCUCCAGGCCACCUCACCCCGCUGAGCGAUGUCUUCUCUCUGGGCGUGGCCACCUCACCCCGCUGAGCGAUGUCUUCUCUCUGGGCGUGGUUCUCCUCGAGCUGCUCACCUGCUCCCGCUCCCCCUUUUUCUCACCCCCUCCUGUGCGUCACCGCCCCUCCAGGCCACCUCACCCCGCUGAGCGAUGUCUUCUCUCUGGGCGUGGUUCUCCUCGAGCUGCUCACCUGCUCCCGCUCCCCCUUUUUCUCACCCUCUCCUGUGCGUCACCGCCCCUCCAGGCCACCUCACCCCCGCUGAGCGAUGUCUUCUCUCUGGGCGUCGUGCUGCUCGAGCUGCUCACCGGCCAGUUCCCCACCACUGCUGCCACCCACAACCGCCUCUUCUUCCCCUCCACUACGCACACCCAUCCCAUCCCCCCCCCUCUCUCCUGGCCACCUCACCCCCCUAAUCAAUGUCUUCUCCCUGGGCGUUGUCACCUCACCCUGCUCAGCAAUGUCUUCUAUCUGGGCGUAGUGCUUCUCACCCACUCCCACUUCCCCUCCUUGUCACCCUCUCCCAUGCAUCGCCAACCACCAGGUCACCUCACCCCGCUCAGCGAUGUCUUCUCUCUGGGCGUGGUCCUCCUCGAGCUGCUCACCGGCCGAUCCCCUGCCACCACCGCCACACACAACCGCCUCUUCCCCUGGAUCCACAAGCAGCUGGCGCGAGGUAGAAAAGGGGGGGGAGGGGGAGACUCAGCAUCAGCAGCAGCGGCAGCAGCAGAAGCGGGAGGAGCGGGUAAUGAAGGGCAACAGCAACAGCAGCAGGGGCAGCAGCAGGAGGGGAGGAAGGCGGAUGGGUUUCAUAUAAGCCAAGUGGUGGAUCCACGGCUGAAGGGGCAGUUCUCAGCGGGUGCAGCGAAGAAGCUGCUGCUGGUGGCGCUGCAAUGCAGUCAAGAGGAGCCCAGCAAGCGACCCGACAUGAACCAUGUUGUGGAGAGGUUAAGGGAGAUCGCUGCCUCUGGGGUGGGGAAAGGAGGGGCGCGAAGGGUGGAAGGAGGAGGAGCAGGAGUGCAAGGGAUGGCAGGCGGAGUGGCAGUAGUGGCAGCGGUAGGAAGACUGAGGGAGAUUGCUGCUGCAGGUGGGGCGCAAAGAGUGGAAGGGGGAGGAACAGAAGGCGCAGGAGUGGAAGGGGUGGCAGUGGCAGGGGUAGGAGUGUAG